AUGAACAUGGCUGCUUCUUUCAAUCCUGCAGAUCUGCUGACGUCGGCCGCUGUCCCGGCGUUCAAGUGUCCAGCUGGCACGAAGAUGCAUAUUCUUGACUUGGGGACAUUGGAAGCAGACGAGUCAUGGAUCCUACGAGGUGCCAACUCCAGCUCAUCGAGUAACAAAAACCCCGUUAACAAGCGCCGUGAGCUGGUCGUGCUAUCUGCGCUUAUCGACCUACCUGGAACUGGCCUCAUCCUGUAUGAAACUGGAUGUGCGGAGGAUAUCGAUGUGAAAUGGGGUGCCCCCUUUACGGAUGUAUUCCCUCGCAUCAAAUAUGCAGACAACAACAGGCUGCCAAACGCGAUCAAGGCAACUGGUAACGAUAUUAACGAUAUCAAAGCUGUGAUCAUGGGCCAUCUUCACCUCGAUCAUGCUGGUGGUCUUGAACAUUUCUUGGAUACGGAUGUCCCUAUCAUUGUUCACGAAGAAGAGUUCAAACACGCCUGUUGGGCUGUUGCAACUGGUGCAGACUUGGGCGUCUACCUUGGCCACUAUAUGUUACUAGAGAAACUCAACUGGCAGACAUUUACUGACUCAACGUUGGAGAUCUACCAAGGCAUUACUCUGCAUCACUCCCCUGGCCACACUCCGGGUCUCUGUCUCAUGCAAGUCAACCUUGAAAAGGACGGGACAUUCAUCUGGACUACUGAUCAGUUCCACGUGGCGGACAACUAUGAGAAAGGACACCCGCAUGGUGGACUGGCUCGUGAUCAUACUGCGUGGUACCGCAGUCUAAAUAUGGUUCGCAGGUUGCAGAGACUGUAUAAUGCGCGCCUGAUCUUUGGGCAUGACAAGGUUGUUGCCGAGCAGUUGAUGGCUGAGAAGCCCUAUUUUCACUAG